UCCUCAACAUAUAUUCAAUACAUUAUAUCACUUACCCGAUCUAAUGCCAGCAAAUAAUGAACAUUAUAAAAAUUUUGAGGAUGUUUAUGGUACAGAUACUUAUGAAUCAUAUUGUCCAUCUAUACAGGCUCGUAAAGUAAAAUCAGACAAAAAUAAGAAAGUAAAAGCUCAAAAAAGGUGA